UGAGUUGGAAUGAACUGCGCAGUGUAUGGGUCGCCUCAGAGGGGAACACAGGUUGGAUUUUUCCUCACACAGAACAGAGAGGGUUUAUGGUAUUUCCUAAACUGAAGACACUUCUGAAGAGAGGCUUCGGCGGUUGAUUCUGGUUGAAAUGGAGCCAAAUGGCACAGCGGGGAAGCAUGGAUUGGAGGGAGAUCCAGACUUACAGUUUCUGCUGGAUGGUGGGAAGCUCAUAAAGAUUCGUUCAAGCAGUUGGCAGAAGAGUCGCUUCUACAAACUGGAAGAAGAUUGCAAAACCUUGUGGCAUGAAUCUCAUAAAAUAUUCAAGAGAAACCAAACUUUCUCCAUCGAUGACAUCGAUUCAGUGCGAAAGGGACGUCAGUCUGAGGGGUUCCUUAAGCACACUGACCCCAGUGUUGAAGACCGGUGUUUCUCCAUCAUCUUUAAGGGCCGCAAGAGAAAUCUCGACUUGAUGGCAAACCAAGGGCAUGAGGCUAAACAGUGGGUUAGCGGCUUGGAGAAGAUCAUCAACAACAUGCACAACCUUAGCCGUCAGCAGAAGAGUGAACACUGGAUCUUCAACUGCAUGCGGAAAGCUGAUAAGAAUGAAGACAACAAGAUGACCCUGAAGGAGCUGAAGCACUUCCUGCGACAGAUCAACGUUGAAGUGGAUGAGACAUAUGCAGCAGAUCUUUUCAAAAAAUGUGACAAGUCCAACUCAGGCACCUUGGAAGGUUCGGAGAUCAAGCACUUCUAUGACCUGCUGACGCACAGAGAAGAAAUAGACGUGAUCUAUGGGAAAUAUGCACAAACCGAGGGUCAGAUGAGCGCCAGAGACCUGCUGAACUUCCUGCUGAAUGAGCAGAGGGAGCAGGUAUCCAUGCAGGAUGCCUUAAAGCUGAUUGAAAAGUAUGAGCUGGAUGGGACAGCAAAAGAGAAGAAACACAUGACCAAAGAUGGAUUUCUGAUGUACAUGCACCAGGAGGAGGGGUCCAUUCUCAACCCCAAACACAAACAUGUGUACCAAGACAUGAGCCAGCCCCUCAACCAUUACUUUAUAUCCUCCUCACACAACACAUACCUGAUGGAAGAUCAACUCAGAGGUCCCAGCAGCACAGAGGCUUACAUCAAAGCGUUGAUGAAGAGUUGUCGCUGUGUGGAACUGGACUGUUGGGACGGGCCUAACGGAGAGCCUGUUAUUUACCACGGCUACACACUCACGUCCAAAGUGCUCUUCAGAGACGUCAUAAAGGCCGUUAAAGACUACGCCUUCAAAACGUCUGACUACCCAGUGAUCCUGUCCCUGGAGAACCACUGCAGUGUGGAUCAACAAAAGCUCAUGGCUCAUCAUAUGAUCGCCAUCCUGGGCGAUGCUUUGCUCACCAAACCUCUGGGUGACACUCUCCCUGGCAAUUUCCCCUCACCUGAGGAACUGAAGGGCAAGUUUCUCAUCAAGGGGAAGCGGUUAAACAAACUGGACGCUAUCUUUAAUAAUAACAGCACGGUAGACGAGGACACAGUGUCUGAGGAGGAUGAGGCUGCAGAAUCUAAGGAGGGUGAACAGAAAACCAAGUCUAAGAAAUCAAAGAUCAAACUGGCCAGGGAGCUCUCAGAUAUUGUCAUUUACUGCAAGAGUGUCCAUUUUAAUGGAUUUGAACAUGCCAAGGACAACCAGGCCUUUUAUGAGAUGUCGUCAUUCAAGGAGAGUAAAGCUUUCAGUCUGGCUCAGAACUCAGCAACUGCUUACAUUCAUCACAACAUGGACAAACUCAGCAGGAUCUAUCCAGCUGGAUCCAGAACCGACUCCUCAAACUACAACCCAGUUCCCAUGUGGAACGUCGGCUGUCAGAUAGUGGCGCUGAACUUCCAGACCCCGUCUAAGGAGAUGCACCUGAACCAGGGUCGCUUUCUGCAAAACGGUCUUUGUGGCUACAUCCUGAAACCUGGAUUUCUGAGAAGUUUCUCCUCACAGUUUGACCCCAGUACACUCACGAAAGGGCCCUGGCUCCAGAAGAAAACCUGUCACAUCAUGGUGAUUACAGCACAACAGUUACCUAAAAUUAACAAGGACAAGCACAAAUCCAUCGUUGACCCCCUGGUGAGAGUGGAAAUCUACGGCGUCCCAGCAGACAACGCCAGCAAGGAGACACACUACAUUGAAAAUAAUGGGUUCAACCCAAUGUGGAAUGAGAACUUCCAAUUUGACAUUCAAGUCCCAGAGUUGGCCAUGCUGCGAUUUGUGGUCGAGGACUAUGACUCAACCUCCCAGAAUGAUCUCAUCGGGCAGUACUGUCUACCACUCACCAGUGUACAGAACGGAUAUCGCCACGUCCCGCUGCUCACAAAGAGAGGUGACAUCAUCUCCUCGGCCGGACUGUUUGUGCAUCUCAUGCUCAUCGAUGCCGAAUAGAGCCCUGUAUAUAGAAAACCCUUCACACCAGCAACAGCAUUUUUUGGGAAACCAUAUUGCAAACACUUUCUCAAGGCAAUAACAUUUUGUCAAUGGGCCAAGCAACACUCACAGUCAUUUGUAUUCUGUCAGUGUGUAUGACUUUAGCCUGUAUCACUUUCCAAAGCUAUUUAAAAGCUUCUGAAGAGAAAUAAAGCAAGUGUGAAUGAAAAGUGGAUGAAAGAGAAGUGUGUGAGGGGAUCAUAUAAAGAAGUCUACCAUAGUACAAGAAUGAGUUGUGACUAGGAUGUAAACAUAAAUAGCACUAGAGUUUCUAUAGGUUUCCCGAGGCCAAUCAAAGCAUCAACAUGUUAUUUUUCAAGCAACACAACAAGCUCUUAGUUGCAUUGUUGUAUUACUUUGCUAGACUCUUUAAAACAUUUUAAGUAUUUGUUAUAAAAGUUAUUUUAUGCUCUGUGUUUGUCACUGGAGUAAAGGUAUGGUUCAAAGGGCAGAUGCUGAAAAUCAUAUGUGAGUGUGUGUGAUUGUGUCUGUUUAUUCUGAAUGCGACGUGUUUGUCACUGUGAUUUUAUUUUAUUUUGUUCAUACUUUAUGCCUUAUAACUUUAUUUUUUAACUGUUAAUAUAAGAAUCAUAACAAGCAACUGUUGUAUGACUUUGCUCUGAAGGCUUCUUCACUGUAUCAGGUAUUGGACAUUAAUCGAUAAUAAUAAUAAUAUUUCAGAGAGUAUUUUAUCAUUUCUAUCGCCUGGAGUACUUAAACAGUUUUUUCUGUGACAUGCUCAUAAGUGUCAGUGCUUUAGUGUGUUACUCCUUUUACAUUUGCACUAGCUUUCCAAUAAAACCAGCAGUCCU